CGACAAGCACUCCAACACCCCGACCACCCAACGACAUUUGCCGCUACGAUCCUGGUGAAGGGCUGCAGGAUUAGAGGUGAGUUCUAUUUUAUUUCCUGUGGCUGUCGGUUUUUACUGCUUUGUUCUGCUGGUUUUGGAUCUUGUUGUGUGGCCAUCGAGAGAGGUUUUCGGUUGUUCGAUUUGCGCCGUGGUCCUUAGCGAGAUAGGGUGGGAAACAAGGCACAUCUCUUGCGUUUCUUCUUCGUCUGCUCGAUAAAGAACUUGUCUACGCGAUCGUUCCCCGUGCACAAUUGAUCAGUCGAUACUCGAGGGGGAACCAAAAAAAAAAAAGAAAGAUAUCGGUUAUCGAAAACUCGACGGGAUUGGAACCAGCAGCAUCAGAACAGAAAUUCGCUGUCACUACGUUUUGUUCUACUGUUCGAUUUCACUCGCUAACCGUUAUUAUUCCGACCAAAAGAAAUAGUCCCCUCCAUCAAACGCCAACAUGGGUAUUUCUCGCGACUCGCGUCACAAGCGCUCGGCCACCGGUGCGAAGCGCGCCUUCUACCGCAAGAAGAGAGCGUUCGACAAGGGUCGCCAGCCCUCCAACACCCGUCUUGGUAACAAGAGAAUCCACCUUGUCCGUACCCGUGGUGGCAACCAGAAGUUCCGUGCCCUCCGUCUCGAGUCCGGUAACUUCUCGUGGGGAUCUGAGGGCGUUUCCCGCAAGACCCGUGUCAUUGGUGUCGUGUACCACCCUUCGAACAACGAACUGAUCCGUACCAACACCCUCACCAAGUCGGCCAUCGUCCAGAUUGACGCCGCCCCAUUCAGACAAUGGUACGAGGCUCACUACGGCCAGCCCAUUGGCCGGAGACGCCAGGCCAAGUCUGAGACCACCGAGGAGGAGAAGAAGAGCAACAGCGUCCAGAAGAAGCAGUCUGCUCGCUUCGCUGACCACGGCAAGGUCGAGCCCACUAUUGAGAGACAGUUCGAGUCCAGCCGUCUGUACGCCGUUGUUGCUUCGCGCCCCGGCCAGAGCGGUCGCUGUGACGGAUACAUCUUGGAGGGUGAUGAGCUUGCUUUCUACCAGCGUGCGAUCAGAAAGUAAAAAAGUGGAUAUGGAAAUGGUCGUUGUAAAAGGGUGGUUUCGGAGUUUCAGCAAUUUUUUCCAGAAAAUUAUUAUGGUCUGGGC